CUCGCAACUACUCCCAUUGGGUCGAAAAUCUUACACAGGACGAAGCCUGCAUGUCUCCUGCAUGCGUUUCGCAGCAGAACACAGUUCAAGGCGAGAACCUGGGGCGACGGGGAUCAAAUUCAACCAGCAUACUCCCGGUGUGGGUACCUCUACUUCUGAACAGCCCGUUUUGGGCAAGAAUACACGGGAAUCAGCGUUUGGGCGAGACUGAGGUGGCUGAGACAUGCGGGUGUAGAGCGCUGGUGCAUUUGGUGUGCUGUGCUUGUGGUGUAUAGUGAGUACGGCGUGGAUCGACACUAAUACAUAAGGUACCGCCCUCGGUGUUGGAGAUCAGACAGCAGUACGGAGCAGAUCUUCGACAGCAGUACGGAGCAGAUCUUCGACAGCAGUACUUCCAACACAAUGGCUACGACAUCUUCCACGCCUCAGACACCUCGGCGCUGGCAAUUAUCGCCCGCAAGGUUCGAGACGCCGACUUCGACCCUGAUCCUGUCGUCACCCACUUCAGCGCCCAAGCCCUCGAAAGCAAAUCGAGAGCGGCGACCCAAGCUCCGAGCUUCGUGCGAUGCCUGUGCGGCCUCAAAGGUGAAGUGCAGCAAGACCCAUCCCAUCUGCCAGCGGUGCUCUGCGAAUGGCUCGCAGUGCAUCUACGGCGUCUCGAGGAAGCACGGCAAGCCCGGGCGCACACGCAAGAGGAACCCAGACGGCACGCCCUUUAUCAAGGGAUCAAAGCAGCGCCCAUCACCAGACGGCAGCGAGUUUGGCAAGUUCAGGGUAAGACCUGAGCCUAUUGCCCUGCCGCUGCCUGACCUCGGUGAUGUCUCUGCGUGGAACUCGAGCUGGUCGUCGACACCACGCAGUCUGCAAAGCACGCCAGAAUUCGAGUUUGAGAUGACGCCGGAGCCAUUCGAUGUGACGCCGGAGCCAUUCGAUGUGACGCUGACUCCUGAGCCCCUGUACAUGGACACUUGCAUGUCUCUGGGGUUCCCGUUCAUGGAUGACUACCUCCUGCCGACGACGGAUUUCCACAUGGACACGAUGCAGUCGCUUGAGCCUGCGCUUUGCUUCCGUGACCCCUUUGCAAAGAAGCAGUCGGUGCAGCUCGACCUACCAAAUAUCCAGGAACUCAAGGACUACAUUGGCGGCGAGUCGAUCAACCCUUUCGACUGCACAUUCCAGGACGGUGGCCUUGGGAUCUCGCUAGAUGGCUCGUCUACGUCGUCUGAGCCGAGCCCCAAGAGCACGGCAUUCGAUCAGUCGGACAGGCGGUUGAGCGUGAGCGUUGCAAUGCCAAGCUCGCACUGCUGCUCGGCACUUGCGCAAUCGACCCUCGAGAGCCUGCACAUCACGGGUCCCGACCGCUCACAGCCAUGGCCCAAUGUCGAGAUCAAGAGCCUGGACUCGGUCCUGUCGACGACGAGGCUAGCGGUGCAGAGCGUGCUGCAGCUGCUCAGCUGCCAGUGCUCCUCCGACCCUCAUCUAUCCAUGCUCUACGCAAGCAUCACAGGGAAGAUCCUGAGCUGGUACCAGAUGGCAGCGGGCGUGGACCCCGGCGCAGCACCCCAGGGCUCCGCGCCAUCGGUCAGCAGCGCGACCUGGUCCUCGGUCUGUUCCUCGGUCUGUUCCUCGCCUCUCCUCACGCCGGGGCCGGAGCACUCGAGGUUCAGCGUGCAGAUGCAGCCGCUGAAGUUCGGACUGUACGAGUUCGACGCGGCAGAGCAGGAGCGGCUGAGGCGGCAGGUGGUGCUCAAGGAGCUGAAGAAGUGCGGGCAGCUUGUCGAGGCGCUGGCGAACUGGCGCGGCGAUGGGCAGGGCGAGCAGGCGGAGUUUCUGUACGAUGUGCUGGGCGCGUGGCUGCGGAGCGAGCUGCACAGGACGCUGCGGGAGGUCGGGGACGUCUAAAGAAUGCAGUGUCUUGUUGUGCAUGUACUGUGCAGUGUCU